AUGUCUACUACCACAACGACUUCAGCAGCCGCGGCUAAUACCUGCACGGCCAACAUCUACGACACACCAGUCCAGGACGCCGUCUGCGCCAUGCCGUACGGCGGCAACCACACCGACAUCAUGGCCGCCUGCUGCAAAUCAGCGGAUGUAAUUUCCUACUAUGACAACUGCGGCCUGUACUGCCAGGCUCAAGACCAGAGCGUACAAGACCUCCGGGACUGCCUCUUUGAUCAGGGCGCCGGCUGGACCAGCGUCUUUUGCAGCGGCAACCUGACGGCCACGGCCACGGUGACGGAUUCGGUAUUGCCCACCAGCGCCGGCGCCAGUAUCGUCGCGAGCGGGACUGGUGGCGGCAGCAGAAAGACGGGUUCUAGCUCUAGCUCUAGCUCAAGCUCGACUUCGUCUGGCAAUGCUGCGCCUCGGGGAGCAUCCGAUUACACUCUUAGUACCUUGGGACUCACACUCGGUGCUCUACUAUUCUCCGCUACUGCCCUUGGAGCUUUUGCGGUAUGA